AUGCUUAUCAACGGCCAGAGGCAGGUCAGCCUGCCUAAAUUCCUGGCUACGUACCUACUUUCAGCAACACUGGAUGUGUACGUCAAGGGAGGAAUGUUACUCAAGUAGGUAUCUACGUAAGGACCUAUGUCGGCCACUUGCAGCCAACAAUCAGGCCAUCCCUUUGAUUGUUGUUUCGGCACUGGGGUACGACGACGGCGUAGCCAUCUAGAUCUGCACAGUGAUUCCUUCUGCCGAUGAUUGCUGUCUCUGCGUACAAUAUCCCCAAUACAACGGUUCCCAAUCGGCCGGUUCCCAAUUUCCAACGCUACACUCUGCUAAGAAAUUGUUGAAGGUAGCUGUUCCCUGUAAGGCGGCCAAACCUCUUCUGAUUGGUUGCGAAUCCUUGCUCAUUGCUCCUGGCAGAUUGUAGCCAGAACAACAGUCAAAGGGAUAGUUUGGCCAACACGAAUAUCUCAAAAUAGGUAUCAACCAACAGCAAAUCCAUUUUAACAUCGGCGGCAUCCGCUAAUCGACUUCAAAAACAAUCCCAAGCCGGUGCUUCGAUUUCUCUAAAACCAGCUUCCACUCAUGCCGAGCUCAGACCUCUAUCAUCGCCUGUGUGCUGAUCUUUCCAUGUCGUCUCUCCAGCGUUUCUGGAAAAGGGAUCGCCAUGCCCAACACAACCCUCAGACUCAGUCUCCUCUGUUUACUCUACCAGCCGAGCUGCGGCUCCAAAUCUUCGACCUAGUUCUUAACUGCUCGGUCAUUUGGCUUUCACUAUGUGAGGCUUGGGAAGGACCAUACUUGGAACUUGACGAGGGAGGAAACGGCGUGAUGCCGCUGAGAGCAACCACCAUAUAUGCUUCCCGCCUGCUGAGCCUCCUCCUGUCCUGUUCUCGUGCGCACGACGAGGCACUUCCGCUACUAUAUAGUCAUAACACCUUUGUUGUCAGCGACUCACGAACCUUACAAUUUCUUGCCCGUGGUGUCGGUGCCCCUUACAUCACUCGCCUCGAGGUCUUGUUGACCCAGGCUUUCCAAUUACCACUAGGGCCAUCGAGCUGCUCUCAUACACCCUGGAUUCGCUGGCCAUGGAAGAAGCACCUCAAAAUAAGAAAAUGGGCUCGACGCUGGGAAUCGGUCAAGAAGUUGGAGUCUCUUCAAUACUUAUUCAUCGAACUCCAAGCCUCUAGUGUAUUUUGGCAGGAAACCUUGCGUCCGUUUGAAUCAGUGAUCAUAAAGCCACUAGAGGGUUUGCUCAAAGAUGGAACAGUUGGCAAAUUGCGUCUGUUUUGGGAUCGACCUAUAGGACACGAAAUCGCCGCUGAAGAGGUCUUAGACGCGUGGGCCAUCGAACGAGUUGUAGAAGAGAAUUGUCCAUUACGCAGGCGCUUGGCUGAGAGGCAUUCGCGCCAAUAGCUAGUAAUCCAUCCACUUGAAACGAUCUAAACAACAACAUAAAGUCUUCCAA